CCAGAAGGUGAGUCUGAAGGAACGGGUCUUCUCGUCCCCCCGGAGUUCAGGGACCAAAGGGAAAAGUUCUCCUCAGCACGUGGGUUCUUCAGGUGGUCCUGGGGUCGCUCCUGGUGUCAGUCCGGGUGUUCCCCCUGGAGGUCCCGGAGGUCCCGGAGGUCCCGGAGGUCCCGGAGUCCAGGCCAUGCGUCCGUCCCCCAGCGUGGACCCGGGUCUGGAGGACGGCCUGAGCAAGGUCCCCAAGAGCUGGAGCUUCGGAGAGCGCAGCAGGACCAGGCAGGCCUUCAGGAUCCGGGGAGCCGCCUCGCGCCAGAACUCUGAAGUGCUGAUAGAGAUGCAGGACGAAGAGUUCAGACAGAAGAAUUCACCAGACGCCAGCCUUCCGGGGGAGGACCUGGUGGACGAUAAUAAGAGCUGCCAUUGUGAGUUUGUCCCUCAGGAUCUGACCCCGGGGUUAAAGGUCACCAUCCGAGCCAUCUGCAUCAUGCGCUUCAUGGUCUCCAAGAGGAAGUUCAAGGAGAGUCUGCGUCCCUACGACGUGAUGGACGUGAUCGAGCAGUACUCGGCAGGACACCUGGACAUGCUGGCCCGCAUCAAGAACCUGCAGUCCAGGGUGGACCAGAUCGUGGGCCGAGGACCCCCCAUUGCAGACAAGGACCGUCCAAAAGCAGCAAGCGAGGACUCACCUGAGGACCCCAGCAUGAUGGGCCGUCUGGGCAAGGUGGAGAAGCAGGUCCUGUCCAUGGAGAGGAAGCUGGACUUCCUGGUCAACAUCUACAUCCAGCGAAUGGGAAUCCCCCAGGCCGAGACCGACGCCUACUUCGGACCCAAAGAGCCGGACCCGGCUCCGCCCUACCACAGCCCGGUGGACCAGCUUGACAAGACCCAGGCGGUCUCCAAGAUCCUGCAGCCGCCUGCAGACCAGGAGACCGGCUCCGGGACCAGGAUGGUCCGGUCCAGCAGCUCCACCGGCCCCCGCAGCGCCCGCCCCUCCUGCCCCGCCUCCACCUCCUGGCAACCAAUCAGCUCGCAGCUCAACCAGCACGCCCGGCGUAGUCACGGCAACACGCCCAGCCCGGUGGGAGACGGGUCGCUGGUUCGACUCCCGCCCCCCCCGGCCGGAGAGCGGCCCGGCGGGACCCGGUCGGCCCGGCACGGCGCCGCGGAGCGGGGCAGCAACACCUCCAUCUCCAUCCCGUCGGUGGACCACGAGGAUCUGGACCGGUCCUUCAGCGGGUUCUCCAUCUCCCAGUCCCGCGAGAACCUGGACUUCCUCCACGCCAGCUUCUACGGCGGCGGCGGCGGCGGCGGGGGCGGGGGCGGGGCUUCCCGCUGCACCACCAGGCCCUAUAUCGCCCCGGGGGAGUCCGACUCCGACUCGGAACCCUGCGCUCCGUCGCCACACUCGGAUCCUGCCUGGACCGGAACCAAAUAGACCUGAACGUCCCGCCGGGGACGAACGUCCCGCCGGGGACGAACGUCCCGCCGGGGACGAGACGCUUUAUUCUGAAAUCUGCAACGAGUGACGACUCUGAAAAAAAGAAGCUAAACGGUUCUAAACUGCAGAAAAUAGGGAACGUUCUGAAACAGGGGUGUCCGAAGUGGGUCCUGGACCCGCGGCCCCGCAGGUCUCCACGUGUCCCUGCUGGUCUCCAGGCGGCCCCGCAGGUCUCCACGUGUCCCUGCUCCAGCACAGCCGAGUCUCAUGAAGACUCCAGGCAGUCCAGCAGAAGCCCGGUAACGGGCCUCGCUGGGAGACGUGGAGACCUGGGGGACGCGGCCUCCAGGACCCACUUUGGACACCCCUGGUCUAAAAGUUUCACUGCAGCAAGUCAGGAAACCAACAGGCUGGAUGCAGACUCACCAAAAUAAAAGCGUGGACUGACAAGAGGUGAUUAACAAAGUAAAGUUCAUUCAGGACGGAGGAAUCCAGUUUUUAAAACGGUUUAGAAAAGUGGCACCAAGUCAAAAAGCUUUCAAAUUGUACUCAGUGCUUCUAAUUUGAAAAUUCUUUUAGGGUUUUGUAAUGAUCACUUCCUGUUUUGGGUUCACUGCAGUCCUGGUUGCUAGGCUACAGUUGGAACAGUGAGUCUCACAUUUCCCAGCAGCCCUGAAGGCAGCACAGCGUCAUGUAUGUUCAACGUAAUAAAAGUUUUGUUC